AUGUCGAGAAUCAUAGUCAAGGGGUUGCCCCUGUACUUCAGUGAGGAUAAACUUAAAACACGUUUUCAGGAAAAAGGAGUGGUGACGGAUGUGAAGGUGGUCAGAAAUAGACAAGGUGAAUCAAGGCGAUUUGCAUUCAUAGGAUAUAGAUCCCAACAGGAUGCCGAGAACGCGGUCAAAUACUUUGACAAAACAUUCAUUGAUACUGCCAGGAUAUCUGUUCAGCUGGCCAAAACAUUCAGCGAUCCAACUGUCCCCAUUCCGUGGAGAGAAAAGCGGUUGCAAGCCAAAAGACAGUUACAAGAAACUGAAGAGAAAUUGAGGAAACUUGAAGAGAUACAAAAUAAGCGCAGGCACAAGCAUACGAAGAAGGGAGUUGAUGCCUUUAUUGAAGACCAAGUAAACUCCAAUCCCAAACUUCAAGAGUUCUUAGAAGCUUCCAAGCCUAGUGUUCAGCAAAAAUCUUGGAAGAACGAGGAUCUUCUUUUGAGCGCCAAAUCAGAGAAGUCAACAGAGUCGCGAUUAGAAUCUCAAGCUGCAGAAAAUGCUAGUGAUGAUGAAUACGAGGAGUUUAACGGGUUUCAGAGCAAGGAAGAGGAUGCCGAAAAAAUGAUCACAUUGGAUGAAGCUGAAAACGUAGAAGCAGAGGUUGACUAUGCACAAGAUGAUAAGCAAGAGGAAGUGAAACAGAGCGCUGAAAUGGAUGAUUUGGAAUGGUUCAAAUUGAGGAGGAAAAGAAUCAAAGAUGAUGAAGUUACCGAAGAGCCUAAAGAACCACAAGAUCUUAAAGAAACCAGUGGUGCUCAGAUGGCGGAAGCUGAACAUAAUGUGUCACAUCAAUCAGAGUAUGAAGAAGAGCCCCAGCUCGAUGAGCAGGAUAAAGCCAUACAGCGUAUAUCACAAACGGGAAGAUUGUUUCUUAGGAACAUUCUUUAUUCGGCUACUGAAGACGAUUUCCGUGAACUUUUCGGUCCAUAUGGAUCUCUGGAUGAGGUUCACAUUGCGGUUGACACAAGGACUGGAAAUUCGAAAGGUUUUGCAUAUGUCAAAUUUACCUCUCCGGACGACGCUGUCAAGGCAUACUUAGAAUUGGACAAACAAAUCUUCCAAGGCAGACUACUUCACAUCCUUCCUGCCGAAGCUAAAAAAGAUCACACGCUGACCGAUUUCGAUCUUGCCAAUCUUCCUCUCAAGAAGCAGAGGGAGUUGAAGAAAAAGUAUGAGGCUUCCAAAGCGCAGUUUAGCUGGAACUCUCUCUAUAUGAAUAACGAUGCUGUCCUUGAGAGCGUGGCUAGCAAGAUGGGUAUUUCGAAAGGGGAGUUGAUCGAUCCCACAAGCAGCAGUUCUGCUGUAAAACAGGCUUUGGCGGAGGCCCAUGUUAUCGGGGAUGUCAGGAAGUACUUUGAGGAUAAAGGUGUUGAUUUGACCAGCUUCAACACUAAAGAACGCGAUGAUAAGGUGAUUUUGGUGAAGAACUUUCAGCACGGUACCACCAAGGAGGAGAUUGGUGAGCUCUUCUCCGCCUACGGACAACUUAAUAGACUACUGAUGCCUCCUGCCGGAACCAUCGCCAUUGUUGAGUUCCGUGACGCUCCUGCUGCGAGAGCUGCAUUUUGCAAGCUCGCCUUUAGACGUCUCGGAAAGUCGAUUCUGUAUCUUGAGAAGGGUCCAAAGAACUUGUUCACUCAAGAAGCUUCGACCGAGCAACUUGACAACGUCUCUAAAACCGAAUCGAAAGCCGACACCACGGAAAUCAUGGAUAUUGACAACGAAGACGAUGUGGAAAUAUCUGGUCCUACUGUCUCUGUGUUCGUGAAGAACUUGAAUUUCAGCACCACUACAAGCGAAUUAACUGCAACUUUCAAAAGCUUGCCUGGCUUCGUCGUCGCAGUUGUUAGGACGCGUCCAGACCCAAAGCACACAGGAAAGAUGCAGAGUAUGGGCUUUGGAUUUGUGGAGUUCAAAACCAAGGAGCAGGCAGAGAACGCUAUCAAGAUAAUGAACGGACAUCUUUUAGACGGCCACCAGCUGCAACUGAAGCUCUCACAUAGAGUAAGUCAACGAGAAUCGGAAGACGCAUCUGCCAAGAAAGGAAAGAAGUCACCAAAGAUUAUAGUGAAGAACUUAGCUUUCGAAUCUACCAGGAACGAUAUUUUCGAGUUGUUUAGUCCAUUUGGCAACCUCAAAUCUGUCAGAGUGCCUAAGAAGUUUGACAAGUCCGCGAGAGGAUUUGCUUUCGUCGAGUUUAGUACGCUCAAGGAGGCCGAAAGCGCUAUGGAUCAAUUACAGGGCGUUCAUUUGCUUGGCCGUAGGUUAGUGAUGGACUUUGCCAAUGCCGAGAGCAAGGAUGCGGAAGAAGAGAUCGAGAGGAUGACAAAGAAGGCCAAGUUCCAAACGGGUGUCAGGAAAAUGGCCCAGCUUCGUGAAAGUCAUACCGGCAAGCGAAAACUCGACUUGGAAGACGAGUCCGAGAUGUAA